AUGGCUCCACCCAAUCCAGACGAUGGGACCGAAGAUUAUGUCCAGGCAGCUGCACCCAUCCUCCACCAUGCAAUCAGCCAUCCAGAUGACAUUGAAAAAAAUAAGUCGUGGAGGGCAGGUUUCAUGGAUGACCAUAACAUCAAUCCUGCGAAACUGGCCAAUUCUCUAUACCCUGAAGGUAUCAGGACAACAAAAGAACUUGUAUUAGAAAAACGAUACAUCUGCAAAAACCAGAAUAAUGACGGCCCCCCAACACUCAACGACAUAUUUAGGUCGGUUGCCAGAGUCUUUAUUGAUGAUAUGGAGCGUGUAGGACUGUCCAUUACAUGGAACAAACGGUCAAGAACGCCAUGGUUCAAUGAACUCGGUGCCUUGAAAGGCAAGGCAACAAACGUGGUUGCAGAAGGUAGAUUUGCCAAGGGUGCCAGCAUUCAAUUCUACUGUUCCCGUUGCAUGGCAGCCAAUCGCUUGGGUCUUGUUGCUAAUUGUCGAUUCAUAGAUUUGACCAAUCAGACAACCAAGGCGCCAAACGACGAGGAAAAAUCUACUGAAGCAGGCGAAACAAUUGAUCUCAAGGCUGGCAAAAAGACUGGGCCCGUUUUGUUGGAUGAUUUAAUGAUGAAGGUAGAGGAAAUGUAUUAUCAUUCAUCAGAGUGCGACACCCAAAACACAGCCACAUUCCGCCACUAUAUCAACAAUUACAGUUGCCAAUUCUCGAUACCCUUUCAUUGGAUAUUUGGUGACCGCUACAACAAAGCAGUGGCGACAAUCAAUAACCAACCCAAGGUGGUGCCUCAUUGGAGCACUUCUCUCAAGGAGGACGAUGAGGCCAAAAAGAAGGUUGCAGGUCUUACUCAGACUAUAAGGGAAGAACCCGACUAUUGGAAAAACUUUGGGGAGCCAAUCGAUUUUGGCGAAGCUGAUUAUGUAUUUGAUGAUCGUGGUUAUCUCCUACUCCCAGGAGCCCCCCUUCACAAGGAGUUGACGCCAAGGAUGCAUCAAAUGUCCAUGGCCCGAUUGAUGUACACAAUUGUGUCUCGGCUUGGGAUUGAAAACGUGGCCUCCCCCUUUGCACUUGACUUGGAAAAGAUGAAGGAAAUGUGGCAGUACAGUCUUAUGGGUGAAAAGAAGAAGAAAAAUUUUCUGGGUAUGUACACUGAGAACAAGUCUUUCGACGUCCAACUAAAGGAGGCUGCAGCCCUAUUUGGUGGCAACGAAAGGGAAGUUUGUGGACCGGAACCCAUUCAUCAAUUCUGCCAUGUUGACCAUGCUGGUGCUAUUGACAUGGUGCACAAAGACAAGGAGAAAUACUCUUUUGUGCCGGGGUCUGUUAUUGUGCCCCUGGAAAAGGAAGGGAGGGAAAUCUACAUUCGGACUCUUGAGCAUAGAGUCUUGAUUCCAAAUGGUGACAUCCUUAUCUUUAGAGGCGAUCUACCCCAUGGAGGAAUCACCAGUCGAGUGUCCGGUUCACCGCAAAAGGUGGCCCUUCAUGCACACCUUGAUUCAAAAUCCGUUGACAGAACUCAGCAGUUGAUUGGUCUGAGUAGUGGAGUGGAUCACUACCUACCCCAGGAACAUUUGAUGCUCCAUGAUGUGGAUCAGACAAUCCACUCUUUUUUGGAAUCACACCGAAGUCUUAACAGCAAGAUGGGUGAUUUUUUUUGUCGCCGUGGCGAUGGGGUAGACAAAUUCUUGGACAGAGCCUCCCAUCCUCAAGAUGUUCAAAUGGCAAAAGAGUUCAAGUCCCUACUUGAAGACCUAAAUAGAACGCACAACACGUACCAGCGCGUCAACAGGAUCUCUGAAAAGAGAGGGUGGACUGCUGAUGCUUGUGCUGAUGUUCCUACUAGGAGGUCGAAACGAAGUGCUGUCAUAAACAGAGAGCGUCUAAAGGAUCUUUGA